CCAAUAAGAAUGAAAAUCAAGCGGCUGUUACAAUAACCAGUUAACCACUACUCCAUUAAGUAAUUAAGCAAUAAUUGCUGUUUAACUGCCAUUAAUUAAUCAAUAACACAAAUAAUUCAGAGCUCCUCUCAGUCUGUUUGUGUCAUUAAAAACUCCAAUUAUCGUUUGAUUUCUUCUCAGAGCACCUCGGGGCAAAUUCUACUCAUGUUCAUUAAGGAUUAGAUCAUAUAUUGAAGAUACCAAAAAACAGGCGAAAGAAGAUAAAAGCAGGCUGAUUGAUUGAGUUUUCUACUUUAUCUAAGGAAGAUGUCUGACAAGAGUUUGGAGAUUAGGCCCUGCUUGGUGGCUGAGCCAUCUAAACAUAUGCAAAAUCGACAGAGUGACCCUGUGAAUAAUGAGGAGAUAGUUGGUUUUGAGAAAGAUGCUGAAACAAUAAUUAAGCGUCUAAAUGAAGGAAAAAAGGAGCUAGACGUCAUCCCAAUUGUUGGGAUGGCUGGACAAGGUAAAACAACUUUUGCUAGAAAGUUGUAUAACAAUGGUAGCAUUGCUUACCAUUUUAAUGUUCGAGCAUGGUGCAUCAUUUCCCAAACAUAUAAUCGACAAGAGUUAUUACAAGAGAUUUUCAAUCAAGUUACAGGUUCCAAGGCCAAGGUAGAUGAGGUUGGCGAACUUGCUGACAUUUUGAGGAAAAGAUUAAUUGGCACGAGAUAUCUGAUUGUCUUGGAUGAUAUGUGGGAUAUUAAAGCAUGGGAAGAUUUAAGAUUAUCUUUCCCAAAUGGUGAAACAGGAAGUAAAAUAAUAGUAACAACCCGACUAGAGGAAGUAGGUAAGCAGGUCAAGCACGAUACCGAUCCUUAUUCUCUCCCAUUCCUCACACGCGAUGAGAGUCUAAUGUUGUUGCAAAAAAAAGUGUUUCAACAGGAAGGUUGCACACCUGAACUACACAACGUAAGUUUAGCAGUUGCAGAAAGAUGCAAAGGAUUGCCUUUGGUGAUUAUCUUGGUAGCUGGAAUAAUCAAAAGCAAGAAAAUGGAAGAAUCUUGGUGGCAUGAGGUUAAAAAUUCUCUACUUUCCUAUCUAGGUGAGUCAGAAGGAUAUAGUCUUUCGACUAUGCAGUUAAGUUAUGACAACUUAUCCGAUUCUUUAAAACCUUGCCUUCUUUAUAUGGGGAUGUUUCAGGAGGACGCGAGAAUUCCAGUGUCUAAAUUAAUAAGUUUAUGGAUCGCGGAAGGCUUCGUGCAGAACAUUGAAUAUGAGAAAUCAAUGGAAGAAGCAGCUGAAGGUUACUUGAUGGAUCUCAUUAGCAGUAAUGUGGUGAUGGUUGAGAAGAGAAGCUAUAGCGGUAAAGCCAAAUACUGCCAGGUUCAUGAUGUCGUACUUCACUUUUGCUUGGAGAAAAGCAGAGAAGAAAAAUUUAUGUUGGCAGUGAAGGGGAAUUAUAACAACUUUCAACCUUCUCAUUGGAAGGUAACUCGAUUGAGCAUCACUGUUACUGAUGAACUUUCUGCGUGUGCAUUGCUCACAGCGGAGCCUUUCCAUCAACAUUUAAGGUCACUGAUAACAAAUGAUGGAGGAGAAUAUUUGCAAUGGAAUCCUUUCCCUCAGAUUAGUAAAUUGGGAUUUCUUAAGGUGUUGGAUUUGAGUUCUUAUGAAGUGGUUCCCUUGUCAUCAAUUAUACUGCAUCCACUGAUUUAUCUGAAGUACCUCGCAGUUAGGACAGAUCAAUUUGAUUUCCAUCCGGAAUCACAUCUACGCCAUCUUGAAACUUUAAUUGUUCUCUCUUCCAAGAGCGUAGUUUUACCCCCGAUUUUUUGGAAAAUGGAAAAACUAAGACAUGUUGAGAUUACUGGAGUUAAUUUUUAUUUGAAAAACAUUAAACAGGGGAUCUUUGAAGAAUCCUCUAAAUUGGAAAAUUUGAGGAUAUUAAGGGAUGUUUGUUAUCCAGCUAAUGAUGGUGAAUGGAUGGAUGGCUUAUUACAGAGGUGUCCUAACAUUCAAAAUCUUAGGCUCACUAUCUCUUGGCUUAAUUCUAGAGAGAUUUGUACUUUCAGUCCCAAACUAGAUAGUCUUACUCGGCUGCAAUUACUUGACCUUUCCUUUGAGGGUUGGAGAUUUAGUAUAACUGAGUUACACCUUCCUUCAAAUCUAAAGAAGUUGAAACUUGAAGGGCCUCAUAUAGUAAGCGCAGCUCCCUCAAUUGCGGGACUACCAAAUCUAGAGUAUCUUAAAUUAGAGGAUUGGGGAAUUAAGUCGGAAGAGUGGUGCCUCAAAGAUAUCAAGUUCAAUAAUCUUAAGUUGUUGAAACUGGUGUCGUUAGGUAUCUCAAGGUUGGAUGACCCAGAGGAAUCUUUUCCUAUGCUUGAAACGCUUGUUAUAAAAAUGUGUCACAAGCUUGAGGAGAUUCACCCAAGCUUUGCAGAUAUUGAAACAUUGCAACAGAUUAAGUUGAUUGGGCGCAGGCCACAAACUCUGGAGCCUUCAGCUGUGAAACUUAAGGAAGACAUCGAAGAGAUUGAAGGAUGCAGCCGUCUUACCCUCAUUAUGGACGUUUGGAUCAGCAAGCAACAUAGCCGGCAGCAGCGAGGUCAAGCAAGAGCUCCUCUACGGAUCAUGUGAUCAGUAAAGGGAAAUCAAGAAAACAAAUGUCAAGCAUUGUGGGGCGUCAUUCAUUACACAGAUCCUCUACACUUUCCUCCGUUAUACUGAUAUCUACUUCUGCGAAGCAAAGGUAAUAAAAAACUGGUUACAGUCUAAAAAACUUUCCUACUUUCCAGCAAAUUCCUCAUCCCCUUCUAUACUGGUCUCCGUUUCUCACCUUUUCUUCUUAUCAGUUCUUCUAUGUCCUUUCAAUUGCUAUUCUUUGUAAUUCUUCUGUGUAAUUCUGUUAGUAAGGGCAAUACUACAAGUAAGUUUCCUUGUGUGCCAAUUGUUUAUUUCACGUUUGGUACAGGUUACAUUUUGACUGGGAGCUGUAGGCCAUGCUGUGAGUCUCCAUAUUGCAAGCAUAAAUGAGACUGCAAUAUAUGUAUAUAUCUAGCAAUAAAGGAAUUGAUACCUCUGUCCAACCAAUGAUGUGACAAAUGAUCUUCACAUCAAUUUGAUAAAAUAUCAUCUUGUUCAAUGUCAAUAAUUUUAAUCAAACUGUUAAAACACAUAUCGAUUGAUCAAAGCCCAAGUCAGUAAGAUACAUCAUAAACUCAUUGAUAUACAUCUACUGUUACUAUUACUACAUUGCUACCACUAUUGCAUAAAGGCUUUAAGAGCUAAUGAAGAAUCCUUACGCCACCAGAAAGAAAACAGUAUUUUAAUGUUUGGAAUGUUCACUCUCAAAUAAUUUUGGGACUACCACUAUUUUUACUCAUUGGUGCCAGGAAAUACAAGACAUAGCAUAGAAGUAAAUAGUGCAGGAACUUCUGCCAGAAUAGUGCAGGACACUUUGGAUAACUAUACAAAAACACCUCCGCAACACUGGUUGAUUCUUUGACAGAACUACAUUUGAUUUUAUGUAAGAAGAUUACAAGACUGAAGUGGAAGGCCAAAGGUGGGAGAGGUUUGUGAAUCACAUCUGUUUGUGCUUCAUGUGCAAGCAAGAGGGAGAGGAUGCCAAGUAUUUAUCGCAUCACUGUCCAUUCUGAUAUAAAUUUUUGAUGUAUGAUUGGACGCUCUUUGUAGAAAAUCAUGUCUUUUUGUUAGAUCCUCUACUUUAGUAUACACCUUUUAUGCAAAGUUCCCUGCUCAUAUAAAAAACUGUAUCUUCAUAAAACAAGAAGUCCAAUCUGGUUUUGUAUAUGAAUAUGAGGCUGAGAUACAACCAAGAAAGUUCAGGUAUU